GCCGUCGCCACGCUGGCUUCCUUGCCCGACCUUCUGCGGGCCCUGCAGGAGCAGCCCAACAUGGCGGGACUUUUAGCGGGAUUGUCUUCAGCUUAUUCUGCAGCAACGCUGCUGGCGCCGUCGCCCCUUGUACUCACGAGCACCUCGAACAUGACACCGCAUCUGCCGUCCCUGUCCUUCACGGCUACGCAAGUCGCCGCGGUGUGCGAGACGCUAGAGGAAAGUGGUGAUAUAGAAAGACUUGGUAGAUUUCUGUGGUCUUUACCUGUGGCGCAUCCGCAUUUGAAAGACUUGAACAAGCACGAGGCUGUGGUGCGGGCACGAGCGCUCGUCGCCUUCCAUUUAGGCAAUUUUCGUGAGCUUUACGCUCUGGUCGAGUGCAACAGAUUCUCUCGCGCUUCCUUCCCGCGCCUGCAGGCGCUGUGGCUCGAGGCGCACUACCAGGAAGCUGAGCGACUCAGAGGACGGCCUCUAGGUCCUGUCGACAAGUAUCGUGUUAGAAAAAAAUUCCCGUUCCCGCGAACUAUUUGGGACGGUGAACAGAAAUCCCACUGUUUCAAAGAGCGGACCCGGACCCUCCUGAGGGAGGCGUACCUACAGGACCCUUACCCCAACCCCAGCAGGAAGAGAGAGCUCGCCCAGGCCACGACCCUCACCCCAACACAAGUCGGCAACUGGUUUAAGAACAGAAGACAACGAGACAGAGCGGCUGCUAUCAAGAAUAGGCUGCACCAACAAGGAGGGUCGUCCUCGACCUCACAGCUCGACACAGAGCCUCGGUCGCCAGGCCUCGACGAUGAUGACGAAGACCUCAUCAACCCUGGGUCCCCGACACCCUUUGAAGAGGAUGCGUCUGACGAGGAGACGAGCCUUGGUCAGAGAUCGCCCAUUUCAAAACUCUCUCAAAGUACAGACGAUAAAAAUGACAGUACCAUAGAAUCAGCUCACGGCCACAGCAUUACCAGUGACUCAAAAGUAAAUGAAUUUGAGCGAAGAAUGAACUACCCAGUGACGCUGCCUCACUCUGGUCAAUUUUUAUCUACGGAAAGUCCAUCCGGCGAUGCAUGCAACUCGAGGGCGUUCACCGGUCCAUUCGGGAGUAUUAAUCAAUUUCCUGGGGUCUCUUGGGAGGAUAAAGCCUCACCACACGAGUUAUUCUUUCCUGCUCCGCGAGCACCUUUGCCUCCGGACAGACUAUUUCCUAUAACAUCUGAGUCGGACCAGAGUGCCUUGAAGCUGACAGUCCCCUCGACAAUAUUCUCACCCUUUACAUCAGGCCUUCCUCCCAGAUUAUCGUUGGCGUUCGGCCCGCCUUUAAAUAACUGGUCUCCUUAUCCAACGUUCUCGGCUAUUAACACUUCUGCAAGUCUAACCUAUCCCAGAACUUUCCCUUCUACUUUAUCCAUUGAAUCUCUAAUUUCACCUAAACAAAGCAAAAGGCCUGCGUCACCUCUAACUCCUCCGCCUGGUCACUUCGCUUCCAAGAAAGAACUAGAAGACUCUGCACCACCAGGGACGCCUCCAUUUAAUAAGACUGCCACAAAACCUCAUUCUCGGUCCCCCACUUGUUCUCCAGUGACCAAAAAGCAUCACGUUGAAAACACGUCCCCUCAGGAGCGACUUUUCCAACCUAUCAAGUUAGAGCUUCGACCUGCGACUGAUGCCUCGUGACUGGCGGGGCAGUCAACAUAGAUUGAAUUUAAUCAAGUCAAAAGAAUAUUUUUAUUGGCAGAACUUAGCAAUUAAUGAACAUCUCAUAUUCUGCAAUGUACAUAUAUCUAUGUUUAUUUCUCGGUUAAAGAAAUUUACACCGAAAUGCAGGUUGUUGGUUAUUGUAUUCUAGGUUGAUAUAAAGUAGAAUUCUGCUAUCGACUCCCGCAGGGUGUCGAUCCUGUUAUCCUUUAAAUACGUGCAUUUUUACGUAUAGUAUUGAUUGUGUUUUCGUAUAUAAACAAUCGACUUACAUAGAAGAUUACAGCAAAAUCCGUUAUAAUCUACAAAAUUUUUCUUUGACCAUUUAUCCUGAAAAAUGAACAA